GGGAUUCAGUGUCUCCCAGAGCUUGAUAUCGUUCGCUCUGCUUGUUCAUUUAUCUCAAUUUAACCGUUCUAAGACGAAGCUAAGUGACCAGUUCAGAAAUAGCCUAUUUGGUGACAAUUUCUUUGCGGUUCAAGUCGAUAUUGCGAUGUCACGAGAAACGUCGAUCCUUAAUAUUUCUACUUUGGGACUUGUAUUGCUGUUGGUGAGUUUUUGUGAUUCGAAAAUUCCCAACGACCCCGAUCCAUGGAUAAAUGACCAAGAGGCCGAAUUGCACCCUUCGGUUAUUUCUGGAAUCCGAAAAUUGGAGUACAUUCGAAGACUCAUGAUGGGUCCUUCUGAAAAUAGAUUUGACAAGGAUUCACGAUUUUUCAAUGGAGCAUUUAACAGUCGAGAGAAAAUCGGGGACUCGGAUCACCUACAACGUCAAGUGAACUCGACGAUGUUCGAGGCUCUCUCAAAAUUGGCCAAGGUUCGAGUCGCCGAUCCGAGCAACCGCGAAGCUUUGAAAGACAGAAAUGAAAUUGGGAAUCACCCUAACUUUUUCGGAGGCCGAUUGAAUCGACGCCGGCUUCAUGGUUCUGGGGAAGACGAAAGAAACACGAGAGUUCGUGUCGAUCCUCCAAAUCCUGCUGGAUCAGUAGUCGAGAGGCCAAAACUCUUCAAUGACUCGGGCUUGAUCACGAGGAAAUUUCAGUGCAGUCCGAUCAGCGAAAUUUACAUACCGGACGUCGACAAACAAAUGCCAGCGUAUUUAUGCGCACUUGGAAGAAGAGCAUUCGUCAUAUUGAGCGAGAGAUUCAAUCAGGAAAGCAGAGAUCGGUUUAUCAUUACUCUCGACGACCAAACGUAUCGUCAACUUAACCCUAUCUACUCGGGAACGAGCACGUUGACUUCCGCUGUAUCGGUACUUCCGGCUACUCUCGUGCUCAAACGUGGCGACGCUGAUUACACGGUACGAGGAGUCAAAGAUAGCUCGAAAUCUACGUUGGCAACCAAUCGCCCAUGAAAAUUUUCCAACGAACCUGACGAACUUGGACAUUUCGUUAUUUCUCUCUCACUAAUUAAUAUACAUUUUUGAGUUUUACUUUCAAACAAUUUAAAAAAAACCCGAGAUAUUGAUCAAUUUUUCACUCAAGUUUUCCGUAACCACUCGUUAAUUUAUUAAGAAAAACAUGAAAAAACGUUUCAAUAAAACUUCAGAUGAUCGCC